AUGUCCGGAUGUAAUCGUAAAAGAAGAUUAUCGAAAUUACCAACUCCUGUUAUUAUCCCACCACCGUCACCUUCUUCAAUAAUAUCAACUUCUUCUUCCUCUUCAACUUCAAAUACUUUAAUCAACAAUGUUGUAAAUGGUUGUUUGUCUUCUCCUAUAAGCCCCGCUAAAAGUGAUUCUUUUUUUGACCUGCCUGCUUCUCCUCGUAAUCCUCACAGUCCAACAAAAAGAUUUGUAUUAAAACCUAUAAACGCCAUCACUGCUGCGCUUCAACGAACAACAAUUACUGGUAGCAAUAAUUCAAUACGUAAAAAAUUGGAUUCACCAACAACUAGUGAUGAUGACAAUGAUAUAAUUUAUACCAACAAAGCCAUACCAAAUCUUGAUCGUGGUGUUUUUAUUCUACAAACAUGA